AUGGCCUCUACCAAGAAGGCUGUGGCCAAGAAGUCCUCUACGAGCAAUUCCGAUGUUCCUCCUCAACUUAUCACGGCUGUUGCCUCAUUCCUCUCCGAUAAUGGCUUUUCUGCUGCCAGCGAGGCUCUCACAAAGGAGUUGAAGAAGGCUGGUAAAGCCCAGGCUGAUGCUGCUAACACUCCGUCCCUGUUGGAACUCUUUCAGACUUGGGAGAAGACCGCUAAAACAUCGGGCUCUUCUGAAUCCAGCUCGGACUCCGACAGUGACUCCAGUGACUCCGACAUUGACUCCGACAGUGAUUCCGACAGUGAUUCCGACAGUGAUUCCGACAGUGACUCGGAUGUCGAUAUGGAAGAUGCUCCCAAAACGAACGCUCGUGCCUCGUCCUCUUCGUCAUCAUCGUCAUCCUCUUCUUCGUCUUCAUCUUCCUCUAGCUCUGACAGCGAUUCGGAUGAUGAGGAGGAUAGCGUUGCACCUCCUGUCACGAAGCCCGCUGGUGUGAAGCGCAAAGCCGAGUCCAGUGACUCAUCUUCGUCUGAAUCCGACUCGGACUCGGACUCUGAUGACUCCUCAUCUGAAGAUGAUGCCCCUCCUAAGGCCAAGAAGGCCAAGGUCUCCAAGUCCGAGUCCUCUUCUGAGGACUCCAGCUCUUCUAGCUCGGACUCCGAUUCUUCAUCAGACUCCUCUGAUUCUGAGGAGGAGUCUGCCAAGAAGACGGAUGCAAAGGCUCUGAAGAAGGCCGUUAAGACUCCUCUUCCUGAGUCCUCAAGCUCUGGCAGCUCGAGCUCUUCGUCUGACGAUAGCUCCGACGACGAGAACGCUGGCGGUGUUGUCAUUGAACCCGUGUCAUCUGCUUCCAGCGCCACUGUCUCUGCCUCAUCCGCCUCUCCUGUAUCUGAGGGCAAGCCUCAACAGAGCUCUUCGUCCAACGCUAGUCCUGCUCCGGGUCAAGGUCCCGUCAAGAAGAAGCAUGUCGGGGCUCGCCCCACUCCUCUUGCAGAGCUGAGCAUGCAGCCUUUUGAUGGGCCAACUAACGAUUAUGUCUCGUAUGCUUAUGCUGAUCGUGCCUAUAAGGAUCUUUCGGUCACUCGUGGCAAGGGAUUCACCAAGGAAAAGAACAAGAAGAAGCGCGGCUCGUACCGCGGUGGCCCCAUCGAUAUCUCGGGCGGCAAGUCCUUCAAGUUCGACGACUAG